CUUUGGGGGACGCUGACAAGUGGAUCCAAGAUGGCGCAAAAGUAAAGGGAAAGCAUUUUGCUUGCUGAGUCAUGGCAUACAGGAGACCAGAAAAGUCAUGUGAACAAGCAUUUGAAUGUCUGAGAUUGCAAGAAUAUGAGCUGGCUACAAAGUAUUGCACAGAAGCGCUCAUCACCCUUAGCCACCCUUCCAUCACUAGCACAUCAUGCCAGCCAGAAAUAGACCGUAUUCAAAUUGAAAGUCUUCUCUACAGGAUAGCCUGCUUGUUGCAACUCAAAAACUAUGACCAGGCUGAUGAAGACUGUAAAAUUGUGUUGGCAGAGGGACUGGCCAAAGGAGACGGCACACUGCAAGCAGUGUUUCGCCUCAUGUACGUGGAGGGCAAGUUACAAGCAGUGUCCAACAUUUUAUCAAAAUCAUUGAUGGGGGAAUCUUUGAAUGGCUUGAUAACGAAAGAUGUAACUAGGCUCAAAGUACUACUUGCGGAAAUGGAGGUCACCAGCAAUAAACUAAUGUCAGCAUACUUAGAAGAUACAGAGGAAGAUUCUGAAGAUGGUUGGCAAUUCCGACCUCCACCUCGGGGUGUCACCUGUAGUGAAGAAUACACACUUUGCAAAAGGUUUGUAGAACAGAAGAUAUGUAGAUAUGGUGCACAAUGUACAUCUGCACACUCGCAGGAGGAGUUGACUGAAUGGCAAAAACGCUACUCUUCACGGCUUAUGCGUUUAAAACAACAAAAAGAAAAUAAACAAUCUGUCGGGAAUUAUAUGGAAACUUUAAUUGAAAAAUGGAUGAACUCCUUAUCUCCAGAAAAAGUGCUCAGUGAAUCGGUGGAUGGAAUAGCCGUGGAUCAUAGCCCAGGAUUAUCAAUAACUGUGACAACCAAGAAAUCCAGUCAACUGUGGACCUUCAUACUUCAUUGUCAACCUCCACGUUUGCUGUAUCGGAUAGCCUUGCUCUAUGAUGCUCAUCGCCCUCAUUUUUCCAUUGUGACUGUUUCUGUUGGUGACCUCAACACCCAAGUGGUACAAGACGUACCAGAGAACUGUCAAGAGUGGCAAGGAGGAGUAAAGAUGGCUCAGAAUGGAAUGGACCAUUGUAUAUAUAGAGUUAGUGUACAAUUCAGCACAGAAAUCUUUGGAACUUUUCGCCAAACUGUAGUUUUUGACUUUGGGUCUGAGCCUGUCCUAAUGCAACGGAUCAUGGUGGACGCGGCAUCCAUAGAAGAUCUGGAACAUCUGAUGCAGGCAAGGCAGCAACUUCUCACUACGGCCAAGCGAUGGGAUUCCACUUGUAAAACGAUUGUAGAAUUUGAGCCAAAUGAAACUACUGACUUGGAGAAGAGUCUCCUGACCCGGUACCUGAUUCCCUUGUCUGCAGAUCAGCUCUUCACUCAAUCCGUGCUUGAUAAAUCAUUGACCAAAUCUAAUUAUCAGUCCCGAUUACACGACCUACUUUACAUCGAAGAAAUAGCACAAUAUAAAGAAGUCAGCAAGUUCAACAUUAAAGUAAAUUUAUAUCUGGUAGCGAACUUCAUGCUCACUGGUGUUUCAGGCGGUGCUAAAUAUGCUCAGAGUGGACAACUGUUUGCUCGCUUCAAACUCACAGAAACUCUGUCAGAAGAAACUUUGGCUGGACGAUUAGUAAUGACCAAAGUCAAUUCUGUCCUGCUGUUGCCAAUAACUAAAGAGAGAUCCAUGCAAAUCCAGGGGACCAAAGAGAAGGUUUAUGAAGCUGCGAUUGAAGAAAAAACAAAGGAAUGCAUUUAUUUGAGACUGACCAAGGAAUGUUGCGAGGAGCUGAAGCUUCGAGCAGAUCGAGAGAUGCAGGUUGAACUUCAAUUUCAACUCAAUCGCUUGCCCCUCUGUGAAAUGCAUUAUGCCCUGGACAGAAUCAAGGACAACAGUAUUCUCUUUCCAGAUGUCUGCAUGUUUCCCACAAUUCCCUGGAGCCCUAUCAGAUGGGCAAUACCUCUACAACAUCAUUUGGAUGUUGUAAAUUUUAGUAGACAAUGGGACGAGCAGUUGGAUCCCCGGCUGAAUACAAAACAGAAGGAGGCUAUUCUGGCAAUCACAACUCCGCUUUCCAUCCACCUUCCGCCUGUUCUCAUCAUUGGACCCUAUGGAACGGGGAAAACAUUCACACUGGCACAGGCAGUCAAACACAUACUAAAACAACAGGACACGAGGAUCCUUAUUUGCACCCAUUCCAACAGUGCUGCUGAUUUAUAUAUAAAAGAUUAUCUCCAUCCUUAUGUUGAAGCUGGAAAUCCACAAGCCAGACCUCUCAGGGUGUACUUCAGAAAUCGAUGGGUGAAGACAGUGCAUCCCGUGGUGCAACAGUAUUGUUUGAUUUCAAGCACACAUUCCACCUUUCAGAUGCCACAGAAAGAGGAUAUCUUGAGACAUCGUGUGGUAGUCGUCACUCUAAGUACAUCACAAUAUCUCUGCCAGUUGGAUCUUGAAUUAGGUUUAUUUACUCACAUUCUCUUGGAUGAAGCUGCACAAGCAAUGGAGUGUGAGACAAUCAUGCCUUUGGCAUUAGCCAGUAGACACACGAGGAUUGUUUUAGCUGGAGAUCAUAUGCAGCUUAGUCCCUUUGUAUACAGUGAAUUUGCCCGAGAAAGGAAUCUUCAUGUUUCUUUGCUUGACCGCCUGUAUGAACACUAUCCUGCAGAGUUUCCGUGCCGAAUACUACUGUGUGAGAACUAUCGUUCUCAUGAAGCUAUAAUCAAUUACACUUCAGAACUAUUCUAUGAGGGGAAGUUGAUGGCCAGUGGAAAGCAGCCAGCACACAAAGAUUUUUAUCCAUUAACAUUCUUCACAGCCCGAGGAGAAGAUGUACAGGAGAAAAACAGCACUGCUUUCUACAACAAUUCGGAGGUUUUUGAGAUUGUGGAACGUGUUGAGGAGCUGAGGAGGAAGUGGCCCGUUGCCUGGGGGAAGUUGGACGAAGGUAGCAUCGGCGUUGUGACACCAUACGCUGACCAAGUGUUUAGGAUCCGAUCGGAACUUCGUAAGAAGCGGUUGUCCGAAGUGAACGUAGAACGUGUUCUGAAUGUUCAAGGCAAGCAGUUUAGAGUCUUAUUUCUCAGUACAGUAAGGACAAGGCACACAUGCAAACAUAAGCAGACGCCCAUCAAGCGAAAGGAACAGUUAGUAGAAGACUCCACCGAGGACCUGGACUAUGGGUUUCUGUCUAAUUACAAGCUGCUUAAUACUGCCAUCACCAGAGCACAGUCACUGGUCGCUGUGGUCGGAGACCCCAUAGCUCUGUGCUCAGUUGGGAGAUGCAGGAAAUUCUGGGAAAGUUUCAUUGAUAUCUGUCACGAGAACAACAGUCUCCAUGGCAUCACAUUUGAACAAAUUAAGGCACAGCUGGAGGCAUUGGAGUUGAAGAAGACUUAUGUCCUUAAUCCUCUAGCUCCAGAAUUCAUCCCCAGAGCCCUCAGACUUCAGCAGCCAGCAAAUACUAACAAGCAGCAACAGCCAUCCCCGCCGAAGAAUAAAGGCCAUCACCAUAACCAGGGUGACCACUUUCCUACAGAUGGUUUUGUUCAACCCAAUUCUACAGUAUUAAUUGGGAAUCCCAUCCGAGCCUAUACCCCUCCUCUUGGUUCUCAUCCUGCCCUCGGUAAAUCUCCAAGCCCUGUCCAACGGAUAGAUCCACAUACUGGGACGAGCAUCCUGUACGUGCCUGCUGUCUAUGGUGGAAACAUGGUGAUGUCUGUGCCUUUGCCAGUUCCUUGGCCUAGUUACCAAAGCCGUUUUGCAGUCGAUCCUCGCAUUAUGAGCCAUCAAGCAGCUAUGGCAUACAACAUGAACCUGUUGCAAGCACAUGGUCGUGGAUCUCCCAUCCCUUAUGGUCUUGGCCAUCAUUCUCCAAUUGGAGUAGGACAACAACAUCCUGAGAAGGAGCACGAACAAAAUAGAAUAGCAAAAAGUGAGGCAAGUGUAAGAAGUGAACAAAGUAGGCUUCAGACUCCUGAGAAGAAACCACCUGACUCCAAAGAAAAACAGGUGGAACCUGAGUUGCUGGCACAGAACAGAAGCCCAGAAUCACACUCCAAUUUAGGCUAUCCAAUGUCUAGAUUUCACCGAAAGGACAAUCUUGGUCAAAGGCAGCUAAAUUUCCAUCUUGCUUCUUCGCAUCCACCGCCUGCACCUUACCAUCACCCUUCUAAUCGACAGUUCCCUCAUCAGCACCCUGUACCUAGGCAACCCUAUCCAGUACAACAGCAACAGUUGCCACAGCAGCACAGCCAGUUGCCUCAGCAGCAGCCACCACAGCUCUCUCCUGCUUUUCCUCAGGCCCCUAACCACAACUUUUUCCCCACUUCUCAUUCCCAUCCAUCUCAGCAUUCCCCAAACACUGAUAACAUGUGUCCGGAUCAGCCCAUCCCUGGUCUGGAGGGAGCAACCCCACUGAGGUCAGUUCCACACUUCAACGCCCCCCAUAAUCGCCCGUUCAAUUUCAUUGAAGACAAUACCUCAGGAGCUGGGAUGGGGGAAAUUUUAGAUUCAUUGCAUACCAGCACAGCCGAAGACCUCAUGAGGCAGCAUUCAAGAAUUCAUCAGUGGAACGAGCAUCAGGAUUACGUCAAUACAGGGAAUCCAUUAUACCCUCAACAACUACAGCAGCUUGCUCACCCCUCCCAGCAACAAGUCAGGUAUUCACAACAUGCUCUCAAGGGCCAGUGGAAGCAUGGCAAUAAUCCAGAAGAUGAAAAUGGGCCAACAUAUCAAAGAUUCCCAGGUUUGUUAAGAGAGAUGCCAGCUUCGGAUCAGAAUGAAAAUAAAGAACUUAAUGAGAUGCCCCUGCAGUCCCGAUUAUUGCAAUACAGACAGAUUCAGAGCAGAAACCCACCCGGACAUCUCCCUGCACCUGUAAAUCACAACAACCAGUUUUCCAAUUUGAAUGACAGUAAUCCUUCCCUUGAAACCAUCAACAAUUCUGGCUUUCAGCAGCUUCCUCAGCAACCGAUGUAUAAUCCUGCUUACCCUGUACCGUCAGGACACACGCCACCACCUUCUUCCAAGUACCUGCACCCUGAGGGCUCAUGGACGCUUCCUUGUGUGCAACAGAACCACCUGAUGGGGCAAAACAUGCCGUAUGGGGUUUCACAGUUGCCUCAUCGAGCAGAGCCACAUCCAAUAAUGUCUCUACAACAACAACAGCAACAACAACAGAACAAUAGAGAGGACUCAUUUCACCCAGUUUCUGCACGAACAGUAUCUGUUUCUUCACUUCACAGCAUAGAAAAGUAUGAAGCCAGAGGACCAGGAAGGCCUUUGUACCAAAGAAGAAUCUCGGCCACUUCUGUUCAAGCAUUUCCUGAAGAUUCAAACAAUCCACAAGGCAAUCUUAGUCAAUGCAAGGAUCUUCAAGACCACAACAACCAUCCUUCUUACAAGUACACAUCUCCAGAGAUGUGGGUGAAUGCCAACUCUUCAGCUGCCCUCCAGAACAUGCUGUGCAAUGGAUCCAACAGAGCAGUCGCACCACGGGACCUUUUAGUUCAGUCCAAGAAUCUGAGACCCCCAGAGGAACACCUGAAGCCGGAGAAUGUAUCGCAGCUGCAGGCGAACUCCUUCAACUACAAUGUGCUUCAGCACCUUGGCCAGUUCCCCCCGCUCCUGUCUAACAGCCAGAUCGCAGAGUCCGGCAGCCAGCAGAAAGCAAGUGGAACCAAACCAGUCAUGUCGUACGCCAAUGCAUUGCGAGCUCCGCCAAAGCCUAAACCUCCUCCAGAGCCUGCGAAGAAAAACGGCGACCCUCUAUCUUUGUUUCAGGAACUCAGCAUAGGUAGUUCAUCAGGUAGCAAUGGGUAUUACUCUUACUUUAAAUAAAGCAAAAUGGUUCCUUUUUAGAUUUUAAAAUGAGUCAGAACAGUGAGGAAUAUAGUUUAUUAAAAAUAUUUCGCAACUUCUCCGACAAAACUUCCUGGAUUUUUUUUUUUUUGUGUUUUGUUUCAUUUUGACAGAAGGGUCUCAUCCUGUGUAUAUUUUACAUUACUUUACGUACUUUGUAGUUGAUCAUAGAUUCCUAAAUUCAAGAUUUCUUUAAAAAAAAAAAAAAAAAAAUCUUUGAUAUGCAUAGGUAAAUCUUGUAACAGCUGAGAAAAAAAUGGAAAAAAAAGUUUUUAAGCAGAGCAUUAAUUUUCGAGUCACUUUUUAAGAAUACUUCGCUGACAUAUAGUAGCAUACAAUGCUGGGAUUCUGUACUAGAAGUGGCCAGCUUACCAUGAGGAAGAGAUCUACAAAAUGUUUCAUUUCAAGCAAAGUUUCUUAAAAAAUGUUAAAUGCAUUCUGAAAUGUUUUGAUCAACAAAGAUUUUACUCUGUGUAAAGUGUUAUUGUAAACAAACUGCUUUUAACUUAAAAAUAGGAUAUAUAUUUGCAUAAACAUACACACAUGUAUAUUAAAAUUCAGUUUAGACACAAAGCUUUUACUUUUUAAAAAAAAUGGCAGAAAUCACUGCAGAAGACGUAAGCACACCUUCAUCACAUGCUCUGCUUUUUAUUUUUGUUUUCUGGGUCAAGCUGACAGCUUUACUUCUUGUUUCACUGUUAAUUUGAUAGAUUUUUUUUUUUUAAACGAAUCAUGAAGAUUAAAUCUAGAUAUGCUGGUGCUUAGUAGAUUAUUAACUUUAAAAAAAAAAGUGUGAAUUUAGUUUAAAGAAAAAAGAACUUGUUUGGUUUCACUAUGCAUGUGUAAAUGUUUUUAAAUCUGGCUUUUUUUUCUUUGAAGGAAUGCACAAUAGUGUAGAACUUCAUAGCUUUUUUUGUAGUUUUAAUUUUGGUACAUUAUUUGAUGUUUACAUUAAAAUGUGAUGACAUACAUGAAAUUCUAAUAUUCUAAUUUUUUGUUUUUAAGGAAAUACAAUUACAGAGUGACAUCACUUUCUCCAUAUUUCUGUUUAAAACAUUUCCCCUCCUGUCCCCACACGCAGAAAAGGAUUAAGUAUUGCUCUCAGCAUUUAUCCAGCUAGCAAUGAGCAUAAGCUACUUCAAUGUUCCUCUGUGCUUUUAACCUUAUAAACACAUUCAUAAGUUUUGGGUAAUUACAGUUUUACUGAACUGGUUAUCUUCAGAAAUGUAUCUGUCCUGAUUAGUGUUGGGUGGCAUUUUUUAUUCAGGUGUUUCUCUCCUCCUUUUCUUCCCAUCGACCCCUUUCUCCAACUUCUAAAGUUUUGAUUUGUUACUCUGGGCAUUGCAAUAGCUGCUGCAGUCAGGAAAUGUGUAACACUUUCCAUCUGCUUUUAUUUUCUUUUGUUCAGUAUUAAAAUAUUUAAAUUGUA